AUGUCUGAAUCUUGGGCUCUGACUGCCCGAUAUAGUGAGGGCCCUUUGGGCGAAUUUUUGUUGCCCCCCACAGCGUCGAGAAGGGAGCGAGGAAGAGGAGAUGUGGACGGCGGUUCGUCCAACUUGUUGCAUAGCAAACGGAGCAACGGUCCUUUUGCCUUUGCUCUAGCUGCAUUUGCUUCAGUUGUUGCUAUCCUUUUCGUGGUGCUCCAUUGUGUCGCGUUGAGUAGGGAGGCGUUACUAAAACGCGUGGGAAGGAGGCUGGCUAAAGAAAGAGAGACAAACCGCGAUGAGAGUGCAUGCUUCAUUCAACAAGUAUGCGGAGAAGAAGAAUCCCAGUGGACAACAGCCACUCACAGCGCCAGGGUGUCACGAGGACUAUUAGGGGCAGACCCCUUGGGUGACGGGAGUGAUGAUGAGGAGGACCCGCCGAAGAAAAAGAGGCAGGAAGACUUCCAGUGGCACAAGGGUACUUCACACACAACUUUACACGCUGUCGCUAGUGCAGAAGAGUCUGCAGGACAGAGAGAGGAUGCUGAAAAACUCCGCAAAGAAAUCCUCUGGUAUGUCAAGCAGACGCUAGCUGAAAAGAAUGACGGCUUAGAAGAAGAUUGGCUACGACACCCCUUCGAAGAAUUGCAUGUAUUAAGCGAAGAACUAGGUUCGCGCUCGCUUCACACCCUCCAGUCCCUUGCCACCGAGCAACUCGUUGAGCCUUCCACCUCUGGGCUCACUGCUAUGGCCACAAGACCUCCAGAGUCAGCUGUCUCCGGCAUUACUGACGUGACCAUAGGGCCUCCCGCUGAGCCUGCCACCUCCGGACCCCCUGCUGCCAUCACAAGAUCUCCCAUUGAGUCUGCUGCAUCCGGGUUCCCUGGUGUGGCCACAGGACCUCUCGCUGAGCCUUCUGCCUCCGGUUUUACUGCUGUGGCCGCAGCGCCUCCCAGUGUUGCUGCCAUCUCCGCGUUUACGAAUGUAGGAACAGGGUCUCCCGUUCAGUUUUCCACCUCCGGGAUUAGUGCUGUAGUACUAUUUGUGCCCGAAACGGUUUCCACUGGUAGCCUUGUCCUAGGCAAAAAGCGGAAAAGAAAAAAGCCAACGCAGUGCAGCGAACUACCUUCAAGCGUAGCGGUCCCGUCUUUAAAAGUAAGUGUUACUUCCCAAGGCACCAUCGUUUUACAGCCUGCUGCGGAAGGCGGACGUGAAAGUUCCCGACUCUUCAAGUAUAUAAGCGGCAGUCCAGGCACCGAAGGAGCCUAUAUGAUCGUGGGUAGUGAGAUUCCGGAUUUCCAGGGAAGGCCAGCCCUGGCAAUCAUCUCUGUCCCUCUUGUAGCUGCCCCAGGGUCGGAACAGAGGCUGGGCGACAAGGACAUCACAACGCAUCCCUUCUGUAGACUCCCAAGUGUUGCACCCGGUGCCAAGGUGAGAGAUAUAAAACUCCAGAAGGGCUUGCCUUGCCGUAGGACGCCAUGUGAAGCCAGAGCACUGCUGGGGAUUAAAGAACUUCUGAAGAGGCCUGUGCUGGUCUCGAAAGACCUCCAUAGUCUAAUGCAACAUCUUGAGAGGCUCGUCGGCCAUUGCCGUUGUCGUGUAAAGGAGAAUGUCGACGGUUUGAAACCCAAGUAUGCUGUGGAGAGACUUGCGUUUGCAAUGCUGGUGACGGAUGCGGUAUACGCGGCGAGCGAGGUACUAGGAGCAAGUGCUAAUCGCCAACAAUGGUGGCAGUCGGUCAUCGACACGCUUCCCGUCUAUACGGGUCCGCGUGAAUCUGCUGCUUCACGUAUCACAGCACAGCAGAAUGUCCUUUUGGCUCAGUUUCUGCAGUAUGCUUUGGAGUUCUAUAGAUGUGGCGCGCGUCCUCCAGCACCACUGUUGGUUCGGUUGAAGCAAGUCCUUCUGUGCACUUCUGCAGUUCCAUCCACAAGGAGAGGAGCAUGGGCGCAAUUCAUGCGUGAUGAUACCGAGUGGCAACAAUCCCAGUGA